AUGAAACCCUUACUCAGACAAAUCAGCCUAACCACAAACCGAUUGACCCGCUUUUACUCUUAUAGAAUGAGCUCCGAAUCCCCAUCUUACACCAAGAAGAUCCAAAGCGCUCUCAGCGACGCCUCACUAAAACUUAACCAUACUUGUCUCCGGAUUAAAGAUCCGCAACGUAGUGUUGAUUUCUACAAGUCGAAGUUUGGAAUGGAGCUGCUGGGCCACAAGAAAUUUCCCGAGAUGAAGUUUGACUUGUAUUUUUUGAGUUUUCCCAAGUCGGACCUCAAGCAUAACAAAGAGGGAGAGGUGGACGUCUUUUGCGAAAGAGGUAUUCUGGAACUGACCCAUAACUAUGGCUCGGAGUCCGAUCCAGAAUUCAAAGUUAAUAAUGGUAACGAGGAGCCCUACCGUGGAUUUGGCCAUAUUUGCUUUUCUGUCGCAGACAUCGAAAAGACCUGUGCAGAUCUCGAAGCCAAAGACGUGGCGUUCAAGAAGAAGUUGACCGACGGUCGCCAGAAGAAUAUUGCAUUUGCGUUGGAUCCAGACGGAUACUGGAUUGAGCUAGUUGCUUACAACAGGCCAGACCAGGCCACUACACAUAGCGACGUGGGAUACAGAUUCAACCAUACCAUGAUCAGAGUCAAAGAUGCCCAAAAAUCCUUGCAUUUUUAUCAGAACGUACUUGGCAUGAAGUUGUUAGAUGUCAGCAAGCAUGAAAACGCCAAGUUCACGCUGUACUUUUUGAGCUACAAGCCAGACGAGCCCAGGUGGUCUCAAGAGGGUGUUUUAGAGCUCACCCAUAAUUGGGGCACUGAAAGCGAUCCCGAAUUCAAAUACCACAAUGGGAACGAAAAACCUCAGGGCUACGGCCACGUCUGUAUCAGCUGUGAAGAUCCCGAAACCCUAUGCAAGGAGAUCGAGACCCAGUACGGUGACCAAAUCGCAUGGGGCGUCAAAUACAACCAAGGUAAAAUGAAAAACUUGGCGUUCAUCAAGGACCCCGAUGGAUACGCUAUUGAAGUCGUUCCUCAUGGGCUAUGUUGCUAA